AAUCUCUCGCGCCGUGGCUUGAAUGUGAGCAUGACAUUGACGUUUAUGCGAUAGGAGCAGAAGCAUUUUUAUUGAAUGAUAGCAUUAAAGAGGAAGAGUGGAACGAUGCUAUAUUAAAAGCACUAGGCGAUAAAGCUGAAAAUUAUUGGAAGGCAG